GUGUGUUGGUGUGUUGGUGUGAGGAUUGGUGGACAGCAUCGAUGACAUCAGAGGACGACGGAGGGGAAAAUGAACGCUGCUGAAGCGGCACCAGUCAUCACCAUGGAAAUCCCCAGAUGCUGGAGAAUUACAACCGAGUUAAUCAUGAAAACACUGAAACUCACUGAACCUGUAACAUUUAAAUAAUUUAUUCUACUUUAUUGUCAUACAGACGUCAACAACAUAAAGUACAUAGAUUGUAUUUAGGAUCAAAUAGACUCUUGUCUAGUCUAUAAAACAGUAGAAAUGUUCAUUAGAUUGUAAAUUGUUGUAUAUUUAUACAUAUAAGAACUAUAACAUGUAUUUAUCAUUUUGACUUCAAUCACCAGCUGGAACUGGAACUGGAAACAGGUUGCUGCGUAUCUGAAGCUGAAAAACAAAGUUAACCUCAAAAGAAGAACAGGAAACAGGAAAUCACACCAGCAGCAGGAUUGUUGGGUGUUGCUCAGAGUCUCAUAGUUUGUUCCUGUGGUGCGACAGAAGAGACUCAAGGAUGAAGAUGAUCUGCAGCAUCCUGCUGCUCCUCAGUCUGACCUCCUGUGUCUCUGGAGCAUUUGUAGUGAAUGUGACACAGACCUCCUAUCAGGCAGAGGAGAACCACAACAUCACACUGGAGUGGAUGUUCACAACCAGAACCAACAGUUCCUCCAAAUCACUUUUUAUCUACUGUCGACUGUUAGCUGAUCUCAAGACCUCAGUCCUGUUUCAUCUCUAUGAAGGUGUUGAGGACCCAGAGUCUCAGGAUGAACAGUUUACAGGACGAGUCCGGUGGGACAAAGACGUCCUCAGAGACGGACGAAUCAGAUUUCACAUGUCCAGACUCAGGAUUAGUGACUCUGGUUGGUACCGGUGUAACGUGCAGACAGGUGAUGUUAAAGGCUCUAGGAUAUGUCACCUCAAAGUCACAGCAGCUGCUGAUGAGCCCAAACCUCCGACACCAACAAUGAGCUCACAACCAGAGAGUCGGGGAAGGAUCGUCCUCUACGUUGUACUGGGACUAAGAGCUCUACUGGUUCUCUGUGCUGGACUCUACUUUGCCUUCUGUCGUUAUUUUACUAAAUCUUCUGGUAAUAGAGGAAACAUCUAUAGAGCUGUACAGCCAAUAAGAUCCUCAGAGGAACAACCCAUCACGACUAACCAAGCGGCAAACUCCGAUGCUGAGAUAAGGUAGUGUCUAGAAGGUAACCUCUAAGCUGCGAAAAUGUGCGAAAACUCUUGCGAGACUCAUUUCUCCCUCCAGCUGUUAUCAAUCAUGUGUUUUAUGUCCUCUGUUUACUGAUGGAUAUUGUUACCUUGCACUGAAUCUCCUAAUGUUACCUUUAUAAUGUGUUCAUAUAUAUAAAUGUAGUGAUUCCUUCAGUAUGGCCCUUUAGAGUUUUUCAGAUUUUAAUCUGUAACUUCUUUAUUUUUUAUGGUUUUCAUCACUUAUUCUUAUACUAAAUGUCCUGACUGCAUCACUACAGUAACGUUCAUUUUCUACAUUUUACUUUUUUAAUUUCUAUAAUAUUUUUAAGACAUUUAAAUUAAUUUUCAUCAAGCCUUGUGCAUCAUUGGACAUAUUGAUAUACUGUAAAAACAGAAAGAAAAAAAAGAUUUAAGAUUUUUUUCUACACCCUGAAAAAUGUAGCCAGUAACCGGAGAUGUCUUCAUACACAAAACAAUAUAACAUAUGUUGUUGUUUAUGACAGAUAUUGUAAUUCUAAUGUCUAAAGACUUCAUCAUCAUUUUAUGUGUCUCAACAUUGAGACCACAGUUGUGGGACAUGAAGACAAAGUGAUGUUUGGACCCAUAAAAUGCUCCAUAAACUUUAUUUAUUAUUCAUUAUGUCAAGAUGGGUAAAAACACUGUGUAUGUAUAUUUAAACAAAAAAAAAAUGUUUUUAGUUUGUCUUAAGAUGUUUUAUUGCAUAUUUGUUUGAGUUAAGUCUAUCUUAAGUUCUAAUGAAUGUUUGUUUCAGCUCAGUUUAUUUGAAGUUGUUCUAAUGAUUAUUUGAGGACACUAGAUUUUAAAAAUGAUCCAACCUAAAAACCCAGCCCUUUGCAGUGAAAGCAGCACGAGCUCCAAAAGUCCUUAACUCUAGUGAGAAAGUCUGUAACACCGUCAGUCCGUCGGUUCAGGCCUCCCUCCAAAUCAUCAUCCUGAGUGUAAACAUCUCACUAAGUGUGUUUCACCGGUGUUUCCGGGUUGACUCGGUGUGUGUCUGACUGUGUCAUGGUAGGUGUGUUGCUCAGGACCAAAGGAAGCUCAGUGUGAAGCUGUUUGUGUGAGCGGUUCUCUAGAAACAACACAGCAACAACACAGGCCAAGCAUUCGGCCCGUUCCAGGUGUAUUAAAGAUAUUCAGAUUAGAAUAAUGUGUGGUAGAAACUGUUUGAUAUCAGUGAAUGAAUGUGUAAAAUAUAAUAAAAUUUUAUAUUUUUGUAUGAAUUUCUAUACCAGAAUAAAUCUGUGCACCAGAUGACACCA